AUGAAUUACGGAAAUUUAUUGAUAUGCGGAUAUAACGUACGAUUACCACCGAAAAUUGAGCCUUAUCAAACACAGCGAACUAUGAUCGCCAAAAUAUUAUUCACACUAAAAAAUAAAUUGAAUGUAUUAGUUGAAAGUCCAACAGGAAGCGGCAAAACAUUAAGUCUUUUAUCGUCGACAUGUGCUUGGUUAGAGAAAUACAAAGAAGAAAGGGACGAAUCUAAAAUUAAUUGUAAUGUAUGCAAUCCAAGAUCCAAAAAAAGUGUUGAUAACUACAAUAAAAAAAGAGAUAAUUUUUCGAUGAAUGAAUCAGAUUUUCAUGAAAAAUCGCUGAAUUUAACCGUUGAAGAUGAAUUCGACGCUGAUUUUUCAUUACCGAAAUUAGCCGGUAUGAAUAGAAAGAAUUCUUUCGAUUCCACUUUCGAUGAUUCAAGGCGGUAUUUUGUUAAGGACGACAAUAUCUACAGUUAUGCUGAGAAUGGUGUUCACACUUGUUUGCCAAAAGUGGUGAUUUAUUACGGUACCCGAACUCAUAGACAAAUUGGGCAAGUUGUAAAAGAAUUUUCGCGUUUGCCUUACGGUUAUUAUUCAAAUUUGAAGCAUACGAUAUUAGCAAGUCGAGAACAUACUUGUAUCAAUCGAAAUGUUCGAGGAAGUAAUGAUAUAAAUACAAAAUGUAAAGAAUUAAUUGUAUCAGACGGUGUUGGUUGUCCUUAUAAAAAUAUUAUAAAACCAAAAUAUGAAAGUGCUAGUCGAAUGCGGUCGUUUCUUUUCGACAAUUCGGAUGGUAAUGUAUGGGAUAUUGAAGAUCUUGUUGAUAUAUUUAAAACAUCAACACAACAAAUGUGUCCAUAUUUUGCUGCGACAAGAAUAUUAACUCAGGAUGCUGACAUUAUUUUUUGCCCAUUUUCUUAUAUGCUAGAUCCAAUUAUUCGUGAUAAUUCCGAUGUAAAAUUAAAAAAUGCUAUAGUGAUUUUGGAUGAGGCGCAUAAUGUUGAAGAUGUUUGUCGGGAAGCUACUAGUUUUUCAUUCACUGAAAAAGAAUUAAUUGAAGCAUGCGUUGACGCGAGCAAAAAAUUGAUUGAUCUUGAGAAAUUAUUGGAUAUUAUCAAAAAAAAGAUAGCUAUAAAAAAAAAGAUUGCUGAAAUUGGUGAAACUGAUGUUGAUGUUUGUUUCGAAGAAUCAGUUACAAGUAUAAGUAACAGUUAUUUAACGGUUAAUAGAUUCUUAAAAAAUAUAUUAAAUUGGUUUGUGGGAAAAUGUUCAGAAAUAUCGCGAAAAAUGGCAUCAAAAGAUGAAAAGUCAAGCAAUACUUAUUCUUGGGAAGAAUUAUACACGUCGUUGGAAGAAGCUAAUUUAUUGAUUUUUAAUGAUAUCUCUAAAAAUAAUCCAUUAACAAUUCUUUUGGAUGCUUUAAAUACUAUAUCGGGAUCAUCUAGCGAUGAAAAGCAAUUCGAUUUAAGGCAUUACCAGCUAUUAUCAUCAACUCAAAUAUUUAUUGAAAAAUUGUGCUAUUUUUUCAAAUUAUACUUUCGUGAAAGCAGUAGAACCUCUUAUAAGAUGCAUAUUUGCAUUGACAAACCUUAUUUAAACAAAUUUUCGAAGCAAAAUGAUAGUUAUUUUUCCGCCAAAGACGAUGUUUUGGACAUAAAUGUAAUUAAAAAUAAUAAUAUGCUUUCUGGUUCAAGUUAUUUAAAAAGUUACGAGGAGAUUAAAUCCGGUUAUCGAGUAACACUUAAUUUAUGGUGCAUGACGCCAUCCAUCGCAUUUUCUGAAUCAUUUAAAAGUUGUCACAGCAUAAUACUUGCUUCUGGAACUUUAUGCCCAAUAGAUACGUUCCAGACAGAACUGGGUAUCAAUUUUAGCCAAAAAUUGGAAGGAAAUCAAAUUGUUCCAGAUGAACGAAUAUUUGCCACUACAAUACCAUCGGGACCUACAGGAUAUCGUCUUUGUGCAACUUACAAAAGUUUGAGUACUGAUGAUAAUUUCAUUCACGAAUUAUCACUCGUUGUAAAAUCUGUGUGUGAAGUGGUGCCCAAAGGAAUUUUAUGCUUUUUAACAAGUUAUCAAGUCCUCAGUAAACUGUAUAAUUUCAUGGAUUUGUCGGGCAUUUUAGCGCAAAUCGAGUCUAUUAAACAUAUAAUUUGUGAACCUCGUCGAUCAUCUAAAAUGAAUGAUAUAAUGUUAGAAUAUGAAGGUGCCAUAAUGAAUCCAGAAAAGUAUGGUGCGAACUGCAGUGGUGCGUUGAUGCUUGCUGUUUUUAGAGGAAAGACCAAUUUCCAGGUAUCUGAAGGGAUAGACUUUGCAGAUGAUCGUGCUCGUUGUGUGAUCGCUGUUGGAAUACCGUUUCCAAAUAUUGUUGAUGAACUGGUGAAUUUCAAUUUUUUUUCAAAUUUAUCUAAAUUUAACGUAUCAACGAAUAUUUCAUUCAUUUUCAGUAACAAAUUCAAUAAAUAA